GGAUGUAGUAUUUUCUAUCGACGGAAGGAUAGCAAUUCCGUUAUCUUUUUGCAAAAGAGCCCCUCCACUUUACGCCUCCUCGCGGAACAGCCCCUCCUAGAAGGCAGGAGCGGGGUGGGGCCCACCUGUCUGUGAGACACUGAGGCAGAGACCCUUUCCCCGCGUCGGGCUCGGAUGAUAUACAGUAAAACCGUCUUUUUGUUUAGUGGUUUGACUAGUCCUCUCUCUCCGGGAGAAAUUUUGCUCCGGCCGCCUCGGCGUCGCGCUCCGCGGCUCGUAAUCUUUCGCGGUGGCCGGCGGCGGGGGAGAGGAGGAGGAGGAGGAGGAGGGAGAUGAAGGCGUGCGCGAGGGCAGCGGGGGAGAGGCUCCCCCUGGUCGGUGCUCCCGCCAGGCAACCCCUGGCUCGGAGUUUUGUUAAGGUCAACAGAUUAUCAUCUCAACAUGAGACGAAGUCUGUGGUAUCCUGCUCGGUAAGGGUGUCAGAUGACAAGACACACCGAAUAGAAGCCACGGCAGAACACAUCCUUCCAGCAACAAAUGAUCAUGUCAUGAAAGCAAUUGACUCAAUUAACAGGGGGCAAGUGAUUGCGGUGCCCACCGAUACGAUUUAUGGCUUUGCUUGUGAUGCAUGCUCUGCAGAAGCAGUUAAUCGUAUAUAUGAGAUCAAAGGACGCGUACAGACACGGCCUCUUGCAAUCUGUGUUGCUGAUGUCCCAGACAUAUCACGGUUUGCUGUUGUGGAUCACCUACCUCAUGGCCUGCUUGAUAGUCUACUUCCUGGGCCUGUCACAGUUGUUUUAAAACGAGGUAACAACAGUAUAUUGGAGAGAUCUCUUAAUCCUGGUUUGGAAAGCAUUGGAGUUCGUGUGCCAGAUUUUGAUUUCAUUCGAGCCAUUUCCCGUGGUGCUGGAAGUGCGCUUGCACUUACAAGCGCCAACUUAAGCGGGCAUCCUAGUAGUGUCAACGUCAAAGAUUUUGAGGAUCUGUGGCCACAUUGUUCAUAUGUCUUUGAUGGUGGAAUCCUCCCUUCUGGGCGUGCUGGUUCAACAAUUGUGGACCUAAUAACACCAGGAGUCUACAAGAUAUUGAGAGAUGGAAGUUCAAGGCAGGAAACGACAGCGGUGCUCGGCAAGUUUGGCUUUGUUGAAGCUUGGUGACAACUUGUUGACCUCAUAAAAUUGGAUCAUGAUUCAAUUUGAAAUAGUAUACUCUUUGUUGGUGAUUAAAUGUAACAGAAGUCAGAAUCAUGACCGGAGAUGAUGUCAUCUCGAUAGAAAAACAAUCAUACGCUAAUGGCCAUGGGAAAAGGAUCGGCCGUCCAAGCUACAGCAAACCUGCUGAAAUCCUUCAGCGAGAAAGAAAGAAUAACUGGAAAUGAGUACAAGAGACUCCAAAAGUUUAGCAUAAUGGCUAAUAUGGGUACUAUUAGGCUAUAUUUUUCCCUUUUGUGUAGCUCCAUUUCAAUUCAGCUGCAAUUUUUCAGAGUAAAAUUGGUACAUGAAUCAUGAAUGGCUAAUAUGGGUACUAUUAGGCUAUUUAAGCUGCAGAAUUUCGACUA